AUGCUGCGCGAGGUGCCGCGGAGUCUGGUGGUGGCCGAGCUGCUGUUCGUGCUGCAGGGCGAAGGGGAAGAGAGCAGCAGCAGCAGCGGCCAGAGCAUCCUCUGCUUGUGCUCCCGGGUCUUCGUGGAGGAUCGAAAAUUGUAUAAACAAGGCUUAAAGGGAUUGUAUGUCAACAAUGAAAAUGACAGUAUAGGGGAAGACCAAGUCACUGAGGAUGAAGAAGAAAAGUUUAAUUCCGUUGUGUCUGCUGAUUUAUCGAAUGACCAUGCUUUUGGACUGGAAGAAAACAAGUUAGAUUCAGAGACUGAACUCAUGAAGAGUAUGGGGUUACCUGUACAAUUUGGCAGUGUAACUAGCCCUAAGGCAUUUGUGGAAUUUGAAAAUGUUGAAAAGAGGCGUAAAAUAGUGAAGAAGAAAAAGAUGAAAAAGAAAAAUAUGCUGCGAAAAGAUAUUGGUGAAAUGACAGAAGAGAUUUUGCAAGAGGGUCACAGAGAUGACGACCACUCUCUUGAGGAUGAGCCCUUAAUUAAAAAGGAGAAUAAGAAUGAAGAGAAAUGUGAAAAUGGAGUUGUACUCAAAGAGCUUUGUGAGGAUGAAAAAUGGGGGAAAUACUGGCAUGAAUAUGGAGAAGGACUUCUAUGGCAGAGUUGGCAGGAGAAAUACAAGGAUGGUGACUCUGAGCUUUUAGCUGUGUCUGAACCUUGGAGCAAUCCUGAGGUGAAAGAAAAGUGGGAGCAGCAUUAUAGCGAACUAUACUGGUAUUACUGGGAACAGUUUCAGUAUUGGGCAAGCCAAGGUUGGACUGUUGAUGCUGUACGUAACAACAGCACAAUAACAAGCACAGGUACGCCAGAAACUAUGCCGGCAGAAGAAGCCCAGGAUAUUGGCACAGAGGGUGACUGUGGAGAAAUACUGGAUUCAGAAUUUCAUUCGCAUCUUUCUGCUCAUGCCAGCUGUAAGGAAAAUCCCAUUCUACCUGAUGAACAAUAUAAUGAAAUUCUUACUGCCAUUAGAAAAAUACAUCUUGAUUCUGAAGAAGUGAAGCAGAGCAGUCCAGCAGACAUGAGUGACAGUAUGGAUAAUCAAGGACUGAGUUCAAGAAGUGAUUCUGGUCGGGCUGAAACAUCUGAUAAAGGAACAGGGGAAAGAAAUGGUUCUUCGGGGGAAAAGUGUCAGCCAGGUCAGUCGUCCAGAGCAGAUGCCACAGGAGGUGGGGGUUCUCCUAACAACAGUGAUGAUGGUGAGCAGCCCCCGGAGCGUAAACCUGUCAAAUUAAAGAGGAGCCAUGAACUAGAUGCUGAAGAACACUGUCAGACAGAUCCAGAAAACGUUUGUUGUCUUCUGGGGCUCAAACAUGGCAUGGGACAAAAAUACAAGGGAAUUCCUGGCUUCAGCAAAAGAAGAAUGACACAUUUCAGUAAAAAUAUGAAGUUUAAGUCUGAAUUCUUGGACAUGCGCAGAACAGUCAAGACCAAAAACAAACACAUCUUUUUUACAGAAGGAUCUGAUACACUGUUUUGCAAGAAAAGCGAGACUUUAAAUAAGGUAGAAAAGUUCUUGAAACAAGUGAAUGAGCCUAUGGAAGAGAAAUUUCAGGACUCCUUGUCACAAGAUGUAGUUCAUCACACUUCUACAAGCAGUGAUUUAGAGGAACAAGAAAGUGAUGGUGGUUCUCAAACUACUUUGGGUUUCCAGAACAGUGACUUGUUGCCUUCCAGCUCAGCUUCUUGUAAAGCUGAAAGACUCAGCCUUGAAGAGAAAGGCAAGGAGAAGGUGGUAAUAGCAGCAGGUGACUGUAACUCUCACGAAUCAGGGCCAGGAGAAGGAGGAGAAUGUCCUUUGGGAAGACAGCUGGUUCCCCUGGACAUCCCAGACUACCUGCAGGUAGAAACAGAAGGUGAAAAAGACUCUCCUAAAAAGAAGAAAAACAAGAAAAAGAAGAUGAAGAAGGCCAGACCCCCACAGUCCCUACCUCCGGAAAUAGCCACUGAUCCUGAGCUAGUCAAAUAUUGGGCACAACGGUAUAGACUGUUCUCUCGAUUUGAUGAAGGGAUUCAGUUAGAUAGAGAGGGAUGGUUUUCUGUCACACCUGAGAAGAUUGCAGAGCACAUUGCAGAGCGUGUGAAGCAGUCCUUCGACUCUGACAUCAUCAUAGAUGCAUUCUGUGGUGUUGGGGGGAAUGCCAUUCAGUUUGCCUUGGCAGCAAAAAGAGUAAUUGCAAUCGAUAUUGACCCUGUGAAGAUCGCUCUUGCUCACAACAAUGCAGAAGUGUACAGAGUGGCAGACCAGAUAGAGUUCAUAUGUGGCGACUUCAUGCAGCUGGCGCCUGGGUUGAAAGCAGAUGUUGUGUUCCUUAGCCCUCCAUGGGGUGGGCCUGAAUAUGCCACUGCGGAAAUCUUUGAUGUUCAAACAAUGAUUUCUCCUAAUGGAUAUGAAAUUUUCAAGGUGUCACGGAAGAUUACCAACAACAUUGUGUACUUCCUUCCUCGUAAUGCUGAUAUUGACCAGAUUGCUUCUUUAGCUGGACCAGGAGGGAAAGUUGAAAUAGAACAAAAUUUUCUGAACAAUCGAUUGAAGACCAUAACUGCUUAUUUUGGUGAUCUAAUUAGACAAGACGUAUCCUGA